ACAAAAAUAUAUGAACGUAGACCAUAACUUACAUAGGAGUCUCAAAAUCGGGUGUCUGUGCACUUGCCCCAUGACUCGAUCGGAGCUACAUUUGGCUAUUGUCCUGCAAAGCAAAAGCAAAGCAAAUAAAAUUCACUGACAUUUCAACAAUGAAUCAAUGUGAAAAUUCAGCCAGCUGAUUGGCAGAUCCACCUUCAAAAUCUGAAACUACAUUUCCCCAAUUACAUCAAAUUACAAAAUCUAACUCUCAAUCACCACUAGAUCUCAUUGGAGUUUUGCUAUAAUCGCGUAUUCUGAUCCGCGAUCUGGGUAAAUUAUCAGAUGGCAGGGGCGGCGUCGGCGCUGUUCCUCCUCGACAUCAAAGGCCGAGUACUGGUGUGGCGUGACUUCCGCGGCGAUGUCUCCUCCGUUCAGGCCGAACGAUUCUUCACCAAGCUCCUAGAGAAAGAGGGUGACCCUCAAGAUCCUGUUGCAUAUGAUAACGGCGUGACGUAUAUGUUUAUACAGCACAAUAAUGUGUAUCUCAUGACCGCAUCAAGGCAGAACUGUAAUGCUGCUAGUCUUCUUCUGUUUCUACACCGUGUUGUUGAUGUCUUUAAGCAUUACUUUGAAGAGUUAGAAGAAGAAUCUCUACGGGAUAAUUUUGUUGUAGUGUAUGAGUUACUUGACGAAAUGAUGGACUUUGGUUAUCCUCAAUAUACUGAAGCAAAAAUUCUCAGUGAAUUUAUAAAAACUGAUGCAUAUAGAAUGGAGGUUACACAAAGGCCUCCAAUGGCAGUAACGAAUGCUGUGUCCUGGCGUAGUGAAGGGAUACAAUACAAGAAGAAUGAAGUAUUUUUGGAUGUUGUGGAGAGCGUUAAUAUACUUGUUAACAGCAAUGGGCAAAUAGUGAGGUCGGAUGUUGUUGGUGCAUUGAAGAUGAGGACCUAUUUGAGUGGUAUGCCUGAAUGUAAGCUUGGCCUUAAUGAUAGAGUAUUGCUGGAAGCACAAGGACGUAAUGCUAAGGGGAAAGCUAUUGAUCUAGAUGAUAUCAAGUUUCAUCAGUGUGUGCGUUUGGCCCGAUUUGAGAAUGAUCGUACUAUAUCAUUUAUUCCUCCUGAUGGGUCUUUCGAUCUUAUGACCUACAGACUCAGUACACAGGUAAAGCCUCUAUUAUGGGUAGAAGCCCAAGUGGAAAGACAUUCUAGGAGCCGUAUGGAAAUUCUGGUUAAAGCACGAAGCCAGUUCAAGGAGAGAAGCACUGCAACUAAUGUUGAAAUUGAGUUGCCUGUUCCAACGGAUGCAACUAAUCCAGAUGUUCGUACAUCGAUGGGAUCAUCUACUUAUGCACCUGAAAAGGAUGCAUUGAUUUGGAAGAUAAAAUCUUUUCCAGGUGGUAAGGAAUAUAUGUUGAGAGCAGAGUUUAGACUUCCCAGUAUUACAGCAGAAGAAGCCACUCCUGAAAGAAAAGCUCCUAUACGUGUAAAGUUUGAGAUACCAUAUUUUACAGUUUCUGGUAUACAGGUUCGCUACUUGAAGAUAAUCGAAAAAAGUGGUUAUCAGGCUCUUCCUUGGGUGAGAUAUAUCACGAUGGCUGGUGAAUACGAGUUAAGACUUACGUAAAACCAUAGAGAUGGUGUACCAAUCCAUUUAAGUCUGUUUUUGAGGCUCAGGUUACUACAAGUUCCAGUGCUUUGAGGUGCUUAGCUGUAGAUAAGCUUUAGUUCAAAGCUAAUGUUUUGCUGGCCCAAUUUGUUGUCUAUUAUAUUUGACUUUAUUACUUGUAUGUUACUCGCACUUUCUUGUAUAGAGAUGUUUGGUGAUUAAUUUCAUGUCUCAUAUUUGCUUCAACUCGCGACUGCUGAUACUGGCUGGUCGUUUAUAUCGUUAUUUCUGUUUUAACCUUUAAAGAAGCUUGGUUUUUAUA